CUGAUCCAUGUAGCGUGCGUUUGUGCCGGUCACAACGCCAGCAGAGACGUGGUCACGCUGGUCAAGUCCGUCCUCUUUCACAGGAGAAAUCCUCUUCACUUCCAUUUCAUCACCGACACCGUAGCCAAUCGCAUCCUGAGUUCUCUGUUUCAGUCCUGGAUGGUCCCGUCUGUGCAAGUCAGCUUCUACGACGCCGACGAACUCAAGUCCGAGGUGUCGUGGAUCCCCAACAAGCAUUACUCAGGUAUUUACGGCUUGAUGAAGCUGACGCUGACCAAAGCUUUGCCCUCCGACCUGUCCAAGGUCAUCGUCCUGGAUACGGACAUCACCUUUGCCACCGACAUCGCCGAGCUCUGGGGCAUCUUUAGAAAGUUCACCGACAAACAGGUGAUCGGUCUGGUGGAGAACCAGAGCGACUGGUACCUGGGGAACCUUUGGAAGAACCACAAACCGUGGCCGGCGCUGGGACGAGGCUUCAACACAGGGGUCAUCCUCCUCUACCUGGAGCGACUGAGACGGAUCGGUUGGGAGCAGAUGUGGCGGCUGACGGCGGAGAGGGAGCUAAUGAGCAUGCUCAGUACGUCGCUGGCGGAUCAGGACAUCUUCAACGCCUUCAUCAAGCAGAACCCUGUCCUGGUGCACCAGCUGCCCUGCUUCUGGAACGUUCAGCUGUCUGAUCACACUCGCUCCGAGCAGUGCUACACCGAGGUGUCUGACCUCAAGGUGAUCCACUGGAACUCCCCAAAGAAACUACGAGUGAAGAACAAACACGUGGAGUUCUUCAGGAACCUCUAUCUGACCUUCUUAGAGUACGACGGAAACCUGCUGAGACGGGAACUGUUCGGCUGCCCGAGUCAGGCCAGUCCAGACAGCGUGCAGCUGCAGGCGGCUCUGGAGGAGCUGGACGAGGACGAUCAGUGUUACGACUUUCGACGGGAGCGACUCACUGUUCACAGAGUCCACCUCUACUUCCUGCAGUACGAGUACACGCCCACCGAGGACGACACGGACAUCACGCUGGUGGCCCAGCUCUCCAUGGACAGGCUCCAGAUGUUGGAGGCCAUCUGUAAGCACUGGGAGGGCCCCAUCAGCCUGGCGCUCUACAUGUCCGACGCCGAGGCUCAGCAGUUCCUCCGAUACGCUCAAGCCUCAGAGGUCCUCAAGAACCGCAAGAACGUCGGCUACCACAUCGUCUACAAGGAGGGCCAGUUCUACCCCGUCAACCUGGUGAGGAACGUGGCCCUGAAGAACGCCAACACGCCGUACGUGUUUCUGACUGAUGUGGACUUCCUCCCGAUGUAUGGUCUCUACGAUUACCUCAGAAGGUCUGUGGUGCAGCUGGACAUGGCUCACACUAAGAAGGCUCUGGUGGUUUCGGCCUUCGAGACGCUUCGUUACCGUCUGUCCUACCCAAAAUCCAAAGCUGAGCUGCUCUCUAUGCUGGACAUGGGGACUCUCUACACCUUCAGGUACCAUGUGUGGCCCAAAGGUCACGCUCCGACCAACUAUGCCAAAUGGCGAACAGCCACCACGCCGUAUAAGGUGGAGUGGGAGCCGGACUUUGAGCCGUACGUCGUAGUGAGGCGGGACUGUCCGGAGUACGACCAGCGCUUUGUGGGCUUCGGCUGGAACAAAGUGUCCCACAUAAUGGAGCUCGAUGCACAGGAGUACGACCUGAUGGUUCUCCCCAACGCCUUUAUGAUCCACAUGCCCCACGCUCCCAGCUUCGACAUCUCCAAGUUUCGCUCCAGCUCCAGCUACCGCAACUGUCUCAACACCCUGAAGGACGAGUUCCACCAGGACCUGUCCAGGAAGUACGGCUCAGCUGCUCUCAAGUACCUCACGGCCCAGAGGAACAUCUAAAAACCACAACCGAGGAGAGGCAGCGAGUCCCGCCAGCCUCGAGUUCCCGACAUGUACCGAGGCAGCAGUGCGCCGCGGCCCGCUAACGCCGCACAGCACAAACAAUGAAAGUAAAGCUUUACAGCCCCUGUGUAACAUUUUGGGGGCUCCUCGUGCAUUAAUUCUCCAGUCGACUCCAGCUCAAGGCGACAAGAGGACGAGGCGCAAAGACCAAAAACCGGACAGAGUGAUGGUGGUUUUUUCGAAACGCAGGAGUCACCGGGCUAAAGGAGGCGAUCAAUGGGUGAGGAUCGGACUAGCUUUAAGGUGGAGAAGAAGCGCAUUCUUACAAUUUGUUCUGACAAUCAGAGCCUUUGGGGACACGGUGCGGAUCAGUCCGUCCACAUCGAGAUCUGGACCCGACAGGACCCGUGGUGUUCUGGGGAAAGAGAAGUUUGUGAGGCCAGUCGAACUGGAGAAAGAUUUAAGCCUUAUCACUUUUCACAAUAUUUACGGAGAUAUUCAAAGAUGUUUUAGUUCUUUUCUUUUUUCCAGUGUAAAUCAGAACCAAUCAAUAAUGAACAUUUACAAAGUUUUGAUUACGAGCUUACACAAGAAUCCGUUUAUUUUUCCUUUCUAUAUUUUCUGACCUCUUUCAAAGAAAGUCCAUC